UAUCGAAAAAUGAAAACAAAAAAAGGUAAGCACCACGUGGCUCUUAAGUAUCUCAAAAUUUAGGUCUAUAUAAAGUGAGAGGUACAUGAAGGAGAGAGUAAAGAAGAAACACACAAACACACUUUGAAGCUUUAAUAAUUUCUGACAAGCAUCAAAAAGAGCUAAAAAGAAGAUGGGAACAGCUACUUUCAUAGAUAUUCUUCUUGCUAUCCUCUUGCCUCCACUUGGAGUCUUUCUCAGAUAUGGUUGCGGGGUAGAGUUUUGGAUAUGUUUGGUUUUGACGCUGCUUGGAUACAUCCCUGGGAUCAUAUACGCCCUUUAUGUGCUCACCAAAUGAUUUACCAUCUAUCAUCUCUUCUUGUAUCUUCAUCUCCUUGAACAGCUGUCUGGUCGUGUUCUACUCUUUGUGUGCGACUGAUUCAACGUUUAUUUCAUCAAAUGGUUUUUAUGUUUCGAGCAAUUUAAUUCAUCGUUGUUGUGUUUGCACUGUUAUAUAAUUUUCUGUUGAUAUAAAGAAGACAUCCUUUGUUA